GUCGGACAAGGCAGACCCAGCACUUCCGGAUUAUAACUGUGUUCCGUUCGUGUCGGUUUUGGCGAUCCGGGAGAGGGACAAAGCUGCCUUUAUUGUCAUGGAGAAGAUGGACCCUUUACCCAAACGCAAGACUCAAGAGGGAGAGACGGAGUUGCCUCAUGACACAUCCGAUGACGGUACCAACCCAGUGUUGAGGAGAGCCGAAGAAGCGAAGAAGUGCCUAAGCAUCAUGAACGAGAAGAUUGGGGUCACGCACGGCGAUUUCAAACAGGACAACGUCCAGGUACACCCGAAGACUAAAGCGCUCCGUCUUAUCGACUUUGGUUUGUCGACGGCGUGGAUCGAAGACCCGAAAACGGGUAAUCUCGAUCUCAUUGCCGGACAAUUCAAAGAGCGCAGAGGCCAGUUCGCUGGGACACCAGAAUUCAUGCAUCCGA